UAAGAUGUUUUGUGGGCAGUGUUACCUGAAGUAGUUUGAAAAGUGUAGCUCUGAGUGUCAGAAGGUGUUACCAAGAGAUGAUGAUGCUUAGAGGAGGGCACAUGUGGUACAAUUGGGUACUGAAUACAGUCAAGACAUUAGCACCAUUUGUGCAGUAAUCAGAUAAUUUUCUAUGAAACAUGUUUUAUGAAAAUCUAAGUUUAGCAUAGAGACCAUUAUAGAGAUAAUUCAGCCUUUCAUAAGCAAUAAGUUCACAAAUACGGGCUUUAGUUCUUAAAAGUACAUGGCAGUUAUAUAAGAGAUGUAUGCUAUCCUUGGCUUUUUUUUUAAAAUCAUUCAGCAUAAAAAGUACUUAAUGCUUUUUGUGUUUUUCAGAUUCUCUGAAGUUACACCCAUCCCAGAAUUUUCAUAGAGCUGGACUAUUGGAAGAAUCUGUCUAUGAUCUUCUCCCAAAGGAGUUACAGUUACCUCCAUCCAGAGAAACAACUGUAGCAUCAAUGAGUCAAACAAGUGGUGGUGAGGCAGGCUCGCCUCCUCCAGCUGUAGUUGCUGCUGAUGCUUCUUCAGCUCCCUCCUCUUCCUCCAUGGGCGGUGCUUGCAGCUCCUUUACCACCUCUUCCAGCCCUACCAUUUAUUCUACCUCAGUCACCGACAGCAAGGCUAUGCAAGUGGAGAGCUGCUCCUCAGCCUUGGGGGUAAGUAACAGAGGGGUAAGUGAAAAGCAGUUAACCAGUAACACCCAGCAGCAUCCAUCAACACCGAAGAGGCACACAGUCUUGUACAUCUCACCACCACCUGAGGACUUGCUGGAUAACAGUCGGAUGUCCUGCCAGGAUGAGGGGUGUGGAUUGGAAUCUGAGCAGAGCUGCAGUAUGUGGAUGGAGGAUUCCCCCUCCAACUUCAGUAACAUGAGCACCAGUUCCUACAAUGAUAAUACUGAGGUACCUCGUAAAUCACGAAAACGAAAUCCAAAGCAGAGGCCUGGGGUCAAACGACGAGAUUGUGAAGAAUCUAAUAUGGAUAUAUUUGAUGCCGACAGUGCCAAAGCACCUCAUUAUGUGCUUUCUCAGCUUACCACGGACAACAAAGGCAACUCAAAAGCAGGAAAUGGAACAUUGGAAAACCAAAAAGGAACUGGAGUAAAAAAAAGCCCUAUGUUGAGUGGACAGUAUCCUGUUAAAAGUGAGGGAAAAGAGCUGAAGAUACUUAUACAACCUGAGACCCAGCAUAGAGCUCGGUACUUGACUGAAGGUAGCCGUGGCUCAGUCAAGGAUAGAACACAGCAAGGCUUUCCUACAGUAAAGCUGGAAGGCCAUAAUGAGCCAGUAGUGUUGCAAGUGUUUGUGGGUAAUGACUCUGGUCGAGUGAAACCACAUGGAUUUUAUCAGGCCUGCAGGGUAACUGGGCGAAAUACAACUCCCUGCAAAGAAGUGGACAUUGAAGGCACUACUGUUAUAGAAGUUGGCCUUGAUCCGAACAACAACAUGACACUAGCGGUGGACUGUGUAGGGAUAUUGAAAUUGAGAAAUGCUGAUGUUGAAGCCAGAAUAGGAAUUGCUGGUUCCAAGAAGAAAAGCACUCGUGCCAGAUUGGUUUUUCGAGUUAAUAUCACAAGGAAAGAUGGCUCCACUUUGACACUGCAGACACCCUCUUCUCCGAUUUUAUGUACUCAGCCAGCAGGAGUGCCAGAAAUUUUAAAGAAAAGUUUGCAUAGCUGUUCAGUGAAAGGAGAGGAAGAAGUAUUUUUAAUUGGCAAGAACUUUCUGAAAGGAACUAAAGUGAUUUUCCAAGAAAAUGUUUCUGAUGAAAACUCUUGGAAGUCAGAAGCUGAAAUCGACAUGGAAUUAUUUCAUCAGAAUCAUCUUAUUGUAAAGGUUCCCCCAUAUCAUGACCAACAUAUAACUUUGCCAGUAUCAGUGGGAAUAUAUGUAGUGACCAAUGCUGGAAGAUCUCAUGAUGUUCAACCAUUUACUUACACUCCAGACCCAGCAGCAGCUGGUGCUUUGAAUGUAAAUGUGAAGAAGGAAAUAUCUAGUCCAGCAAGACCUUGCUCUUUUGAAGAGGCCAUGAAAGCUAUAAAGACUACUGGAUGUAAUUUAGAUAAGGUAAAUAUUCUUCCUAAUGCUCUGAUCACUCCACUCAUAUCAAGCAGUAUGAUUAAGAGUGAAGAUGUUACUCCAAUGGAAGUGACAGCAGAAAAAAGAUCUCCUAUUUUUAAGACUACAAAGACAGUUGGAUCAACUCAACAAACAUUAGAAAAUAUCUCUAACAUGACAGGAAAUGGCUCUUUUUCAUCAUCAUCAUCUUCUCACUUACCCUCUGAAAAUGAAAAGCAGCAGCAGAUUCAGCCCAAGGCAUACAAUCCAGAAACCCUGACAACUAUCCAAACACAGGACAUUUCACAGCCUGGUACCUUUCCAACAGUUUCUGCUUCUAGUCAGCUGCCUAACAGUGAUGCACUACUGCAGCAGGCCACACAGUUUCAGACAAGAGAAACUCAAUCUAGAGAGGUAUUACAGUCAGAUGGAACUGUGAUUAAUUUGUCGCACCUGACUGAGGCUUCACAGCAACAGCAGCAGCCACCACUACAAGAACAAUCACAGACUUUACAGCAGCAGAUUUCAUCAAGUAUGUUCCCAUCACCAAGUAGUGUGAGUCAGAUACAGAACACCAUUCAGCAGUUGCAAGCUGGAAGUUUUAGCGGCAGUACUGCUAGUGGCAGCAGUGGAAAUGUUGACUUGGUUUUAGAGGCACAACAAGUUUUAGAGGCACAACAAGUUUUAGAGGCACAACAACAGUUAUCUUCAGUUUUGUUUUCUACUCCAGAUGGUAAUGAGAAUGUUCAAGAACAGCUUAGUGCAGACAUUUUUCAACAAGUCAGUCAAAUUCAAAAUAGUGUAAGCCCUGGAAUGUUUUCCCCGACAGAGCCAGCAGUCCAUACCAGACCAGAUAAUUUAAUAGCUGGAAGAGCUGAAAGUGUUCACUCACAGACCGAAAACACAUUAUCUAAUCAACAGCAGCAGCAGCAGCAACAGCAGGUGAUGGAAUCAUCAGCUGCAAUGGUGAUGGAGAUGCAACAGAGUAUCUGCCAGGCUCAGAUUCAGUCGGAAUUAUUUCCUUCACCUGCUUCAGCAAAUGGAAAUCUUCAGCAAUCUCCAGUUUACCAGCAGACUCCUCAUAUGAUGAGUGCAUUACCUACCAGUGAAGACAUGCAAAUGCAAUGUGAAUUGUUUUCUUCUCCUCCUGCAGUUUCUGGAAAUGAAACUAAUACAACCACCACACAGCAGGUUGCAACCCCUGGCACUACCAUGUUUCAAACGUCAAGUUCAGGAGAUGGAGAGGAAACAGGCACACAAGCAAAACAGAUGCAGAACAGUGUCUUUCAGACCAUUGUCCAAAUGCAACAUAGUGGGGACAGUCAACCUCAAGUUAACCUUUUUUCAUCUACAAAAAGUAUGAUGAGUGUUCAAAAUAGUGGUGCCCAGCAACAAGGUAAUGGUUUAUUCCAGCAAGGUAAUGAGAUGAUGUCACUCCAAUCUGGAAAUUUUUUGCAGCAGCCUUCUCAUUCACAGGCUCAGCUUUUUCAUCCUCAAAAUCCUAUUGCUGAUGCUCAAAACCUUUCCCAGGAAACUCAAGGCUCUAUUUUUCACAGCCCAAGUCCUAUUGUUCACAGUCAGACUUCUACAACCUCCACUGAACAGAUGCAGCCUCCAAUGUUUCACUCUCAAAGUACCAUGGCUGUGCUACAGGGUUCUAAUGUUCCUCAAGAUCAGCAGUCGGCCAACAUAUUUAUUUCCCAAAGUCCAAUGAAUAAUCUUCAGGCUAAUGCAGUAGCCCAGGAAGAACAGAUUUCAUUUUUUGCAGCUCAGAACUCAAUUUCUCCACUUCAGUCAACGUCAAACACUGAGCAGCAAACUGCUUUCCAACAGCAGCCUCCAAUGUCACACAUUCAGACCCCCAUGCUUUCUCAAGAACAGGCACAACCCUCCCAGCAAGGUCUGUUCCAGCCUCAGGUAUCCCUGGGCUCCCUUCCUCCUAAUCCAAUGCCUCAAAACCAACAAGGGACAAUCUUCCAGGCACAGCACUCAAUAGUUGCCAUCCAGAGUAAUUCCCCAUCCCAGGAGCAGCAGCAGCAGCAACAGCAGCAGCAACAGCAGCAGCAACAGCAGCAACAACAACAGAGUAUUUUAUUCAGUAAUCAGAAUACCAUGGCUACAAUGGCAUCUCAAAAACCACCACCACCAAACAUGAUAUUCAACCCAACUCAAAAUCCAAUGGCUAAUCAGGAGCAACAGAACCAGUCAAUUUUUCACCAACAAAAUAAUAUGGCCACAAUGAAUCAAGAGCAACAACAGCCCAUGCAAUUUCAGAACCAGCCCACAGUUUCCUCACUUCAAAACCCAGGUCCUACCCAGUCUGAAUCGUCACAGACUUCCUUGUUCCAUAGCUCUCCUCAGAUGCAGCUGGUCCAGGGGUCACCCAGUUCUCAAGAGCAGCAAGUAACUCUCUUCCUCUCUCCAGCAUCCAUGUCUGCAUUGCAGACGAGUAUAAACCAACAAGAGAUGCAACAGUCUCCUCUUUAUUCCCCUCAGAACAACAUGCCUGGAAUUCAAGGAGCCACAUCUUCACCUCAACCACAGACUACUUUAUUUCACAACACUACAGGAGGCACAAUGAACCAACUACAAAAUUCCCCUGGCUCGUCUCAGCAGACUUCAGGAAUGUUCUUAUUUGGCAUUCAAAAUAACUGUAAUCAGCUUUUAACUUCUGGACCAGCUGCAUUGCCAGAUCAGUUGAUGGCCAUAAGUCAGCCAGGCCAACCACAAAACGAGGGCCAGCCACCUGUGACAACACUUCUUUCUCAGCAAAUGCCAGAGAAUUCUCCACUGGCAUCUUCUAUGAACACCAACCAGAACAUUGAAAAGAUUGAUUUGCUUGUUUCAUUGCAAAACCAAGGGAACAACAUGACUGGCUCCUUUUAACUGGAUAUAAAUUCCAUGAAGAAAAUCCUGAUUCCAAGAUGUCCUGAGAUCUUGUGAUUCCAUGAGGAUUAUUGAACUGUUACUUUAAAAACAAAAUGAAAUAUGAAAAACUAUGAUGGAGUAAAUGGAUAGAUUUUACUCUGGCGGCAAAUGAGCACACCUAUGCUGCCUGUUGCAGUGACUAGCCACCAUCGUUAACAUGUUCAGAUUUUGUAUUCCUAAUAGCACUGAUGACUGAGAAUCUGCUUGAGUUUCAAGCUGACAGAUUUAAUUGUUGCUAUUUUCCUAGGGGCUAUUUCUUUAAAAGUACAGUUUAAAUUUAAAAGCUGGACUGCUCAGUUAUUAUUGCUAUUAGAAAAUAACCCAUAUUGUCAUGUUUACUUUUGUUCUUUGUCAUUUUCUUUCCUGCAUUGUUUUAGUCAAAUAACAGCUUUUGAAAAAGGAAAAUUCAAAUAAUAACUAAGGCUGUGACUUUUCAAUAUAAAAAGCACAGCUAUUGGCCAAAGUGAAGGAAUCCUUUUUCAGUUUUUAUAGAAAACUGGAGAGAUAGCAUUCUGACAAGUAAGCUGUAUUAAGAGCUUUACACAGAGAAGAGGCUUCUUUAUCACAAAGGCAGACAACACACAACUGGGAACAGCUGGAGUGCUAUUGAUUUUAUUUUUCAGAUUGUUGUUUAAUUCUCUGUAUUUCUGAUAAGGAGUUCAGCCAUAAGUACAUAGAAGAAUAAUUAUCUUGCUCUUUAAAAAGUGAAGGGGAUAAUAUUGUGGUAAAUUAUAUCUGAUAUCCUCUUGCAGUAGUUAAAAUUGACACAGCAAUUUAAAUCUGUUUUCUUCUUAACCCAGUCUUGGGCUGGUUGUUCCCUUUUUAUAUUCAUCUAUAUUAUUCCCUUCCUUUUCACUUUAUUUUAAAAAAUUGGUAAUAUAUUCCUAGCUUUGUGACCCUGUAGCAUCUUAAGGAAAAGGCCACUUUGAUCUGGGGUAACCCAACAAGUCCUGCAGCACAGGUAGGAGGUGUAAGGAGAGCUGAUUUUCAGGAAUGAGGAGAGCUGAUUCCUGAGAAACAAAAAACAAUGCAUUUUUCUCCAUGAACGGUGCUGUUCUGAAGUCUUCAAAUUUUUCCCUCUAAUGGGAAACAGUAUAAAUUUUAAUUUUUAAAAGGCAAAGUAAAAUUUCUUGAAGCAUAACUUCUCCAUGAGCUGCAGUGAGUGUAAUUUACUUGUCACCUUAGUGCUUUACAGUUUGAAGUGGUCACUAUCUGAUGGUUCCCAUAAGCCUUAGGCUUUACAGGGUCAUGUCAUUGACUUAAAAUGAAGAAUUAACUUGUGUUUCAUCUAUAGAGAGCAAAAUAACACACUCCAGAACUUGUAGUUGUAGCAGUUAUACAGUUUUGGGUGUUCUUACCACCCAUGGGAUGCUUGCUUCUCAUUACAACCUGUUGUCUAGACACAUGCUUAUGUCUUAUUUUUCUUUUGGCAUGUAGAAAGCUGUUAAUACAGUUUAAGGCCAAACUGUUUGUGGCUUCUAUAUGUAGAUAAGAUGUUUUGGUAUCUUGUCAGUUUCAUUUAUUUUUUUAAGUGUACAAAAAAAAUAGCCUGUUGAUUGUUUGUUGAAGGCUAUUUUUCUCUUUGGUUUGUUGUUGUUGUUAUUUUUUCUAUCCUCUACAUUUAGUUAAACUUAGUGGAAUUGUGGUCUUGGUUUUGUUUAUACAGUCAGAUUUUUCCCCUUUUUUUGUGAUCUUCCUUGGUUCUUUGAAUGUGCUCUUCUUCUAAUUUGUUUUUUUUUCUUACUCAUAUAUUCUUCCCAUCACCCCCAACCUUCCUUUCUCUCUCUGAUUGAGAGGCAUUGAAUUACGUUUUCAGUAGUACAGGCUUCUUGCCGAUAUGAAGGGAACUUUUCAGAAAGAGACCUACUCUGGGUCAUUUAAUUUUGAAUACAGUUUUCAAUCGUUCAAGUUUUGGAUGGUUUAUAUCUAAUGUGUGUUUCAUUUUUUUGGAAAGCUAUAUUUUGUAUUUAGGAAAUGGUAUACUAUUUUGCUAUUUGUACUGAGUGAGUACAUUGGCAUAAAUAUAGAAAUUUAUAUAUAUACAUAUAUAUAAACUAUUCUUUUUUGCCACACAUUUUUGUGGUAAAUUUGUGAGUUAGUCUGAUGUUCUACCACAACGUGGCGUCUGAUAACAGUGAGGGGGGGUUUGUUAUGUCUUUAUUGAGUAUUUAAGUAUCUUUUGAAACAAAUGACCUGUUUAUCUGUGGCCAUUCCAUCAGGCAGUUCUUUGAUGUUCCUAGUGGGCUAAAGGCAGCUUACUGUGUGUUUGCUGGAUAUUUUACUCAGCAAAAUGUUAGAGUAAGGAAACCCAUCUAGGCAGUUGUGUCAAAUGGUGUUUCAUGAGAAUGAGCCAUUCAGUCUUUGCUCACUAUAUAUUUAAUAUUUUAUUAUUGUUAUUAUUAUUAUUAAUUGGCUUUCUGUGUUCUAUGCUUUUUUAUUUAUAAAGACACUAAAAAUGUUUGUAAUUUUAAUAACAUUUUCCCCACCUUGUAAUAUCCAGAGCUACUUUAUAAAUUCUCUGAACUGAAAGCAUUUUCCUCAAUAUAUCUCUUCUCCCCCAUCACUAUCGAGAAAAAUUACUCAAUAUAGUUCAGGUUAUGAGAAAGAUCAGCCACACAAUCCAGUGCUUCAGUUUUAAAAUGUAAAACUCCAACUGCAGAGGGAACAUUGCUCUAUGGAUGAAGUGGUGGCAAGAAGACUGGCUGUGUGCUGAUUUCUGUUGUUUAGCAAGAGGUUUAUCAUUGUAAAAUGCUGAUUGCCAAUGCCAAGUCACCAGGGACCAAUUUUCUGUUUUAUAAUAUCUAAGUUUAGAACAGAACAUACACCUGAAUGGUUUGAUUGGACAGAGACAGAAAACCCAGUUUUUAUUUUCAUAAAAUUUGUGGUUAUUUAUACAAGGGCUGUGCUAUGCUACCAUAUUCUUAUUCAAUAAUGAUGUUGUGUGUUUUUUUUUUAACAUUAUUAAAUGUUCCUUAUCCCUAAAGGUCAAUGUUAGGUACAGCAUUCUGAAUAUACAAUUUGGUUACAAAAAUAUUUAUCUUCUUAUUGAAGAGUUAGCUUAGUGGUCAGUGGUUGAUACUUGUGUGCUAAUAAUACAGUUUCCAGAUUACUGUUACAAGUUAUUCAUGGCAGAAGGUCCUAAAUAAGUUAUGAACCACAUUUUACUCCUUUGUUUUGUUAUAUUCAGUUGUUCUUGCUUUAGCAACUCACAUUAAUGCUUGGAGCUUAUCUCUGUGUCUGUGUUAGUGUUUGUGUGUGUUGUAUUCCUUAUUGUCAUUCCAUUAUAUAUCAACACCAACAUGGGAGAAGAUAAUUAGAAGUCAUAAUUUUGCUUCUGAGCUUUAUCAUGUUACCUUUGUAGUUAGAGUCAUGUUUUUAUUUAGCCAAUGCAAAUCUGUUUUCACCAGUCUCCCAGAACAGGUGUUUUUAUGACUUUGUUUGUUAUAAAUGCAGUAUUAAUGAGGGACCUUCCUUCCUUUUUUCCCUUCCUCCCUUCCUUUUUUCCUUUCCUCUCCUUCUCCUCCUCUUCUUUCUCCUUUCUUUCCCUUCCUUUUUGUAAUACUGUAUAUGCUAUAGUUGGGAGUUUCAUUGUAUGUGCAUUUCUGGCCCAUCAGAACUUCAUUUAAUCUGCUAAGGGGAAGUAGUGUCCAAGGAAAUGAGAAAGUACUUAUAGCUGAGUCCCUCUAGAAUUAAGAUAAUUCCUUUUGACUAAGCCAUUCUAGAUGCUUGUUUUGGAAAAGUAAUAUCUGUUUAGACUCAGCACUAAUUAAAGAACAGAAUUAAAUGCUUUAAUUAAUAAGUCAAAGUCUUAAAUUCAAUAUAACUUAAAAAUAUUCACCAGAAGUAACUUGAGAAUUUUUUAUCUUUCUGGUGAAAUUUUCUGUUCUAAUAUCUGUUUCCUAGUUGAUUUUUUUAAUCAGUUGAAAAUUAUAUUAAGACCUGUGAGCUUUACUUAGCUUCAUGACCACAGGCUGCAUCCCUAACCAAGACAACCAUGUUAUAGCUGAAUGACUUUGGUUAUAUGCAGGGAGAGACUUGAUGAAAGAGAGAGACUGAAUAGUUCAGCAGCUUUAUUAGAAUAAUAACUAAGAGAACAUACCCUACUAAGUGGUUUAGUAAAAUCUAAUAACAUGUAUAAAAAGGUUUUCUCCUCUGCUUAUUUGUAUCAGUAGAGCUAAAUUGUGGAGAUAAUGUUCAUAAUGUAGUAAAUGUCAAAAUAAUACCUACAAUGUAAUUUGUGAAUUGUCCCAGGGCUGUAAUUACUUCUUUAGUCCCCAUUGAUUUUCAUGCCAUUCUAGCCUCACUUAUUAAUAAAAUUAUAUUUUUAUUCUUUCUCUUUUGGACAUUUUAAAAUUAAUGUUUUAUAUCUAAAUUAAAUGAGAGAGUGCCUUUUACCAUGAUAGUGCCCCUCUUUUUGUAGUUUCCUUUUUCACUAUUGCCAAAAAAACAUACAUUAUUUUAAUAGGUCCCAGUUUGAACUUUUCCACUUAGCCAUUCUCUUUUCUUCAUUUCUUUCUUUUCUUUUUGAAAAUCUACUUGGCUUUAUUAAGCAAUUCAUGAAUUGGGCAGCAUCCCAUCUAGCAACCAGAAGGGCACUAUAAGGGGUUGUGCCAAAUAGAAGGUUUUUAUAGCUCUUUUUCUUAAUCAUCACAGGAAACAACUUCAUAAGUUUCUAACUCCUUUUUGCAUAAGAGUAACAGAAAAGAUACAUUAUCAGAAUCAUUCCUCUGAGGGAGGGUAAGUAAAAGAUAACAGAAUUAUACUAUUUAGGUUUUAUAUAAAUUAACUAAAUUUGUCUUCAUCUCAGCCAACUAAUGAUAGAUCUUACCUGAAUGCUAGUAAAAUUUUUACUACCUAUGAGACACCAUGCAUACACAUGUGUGUGUAGUUAAAUUUCAGGGAGUGUUCAAAGCAUCUUCUGUGGUCUUAAUUAGAUGAGUGAAAAUAAGUCACAAACACAUAGUUUAAAUAAAAUCUGUAAUGUCAAUUUUUCUAACUAGACAGGGCCAACUAAUUAAUUAUAGUGCACUUCUUGCUCAUCAGAGCCUCAAUAAUCUACCUAUGAAAAAUAGUGUUAAAAGAAAUGAAGAAGUUAUAUCUGAGUCUCUCCAGAUCUAAGAUCUGAAUUGAGUAUUUCUCUGGUUUUUGUUAAUUUUGCCUAUGUUCCAUCCAGCUCCUUACACGGUGGUGGUGCCUGAAGAAAGGACCAUCAGCAACAGGUCAGGAUAGAAUUAGCUUUGGGAUGAGCUGCUUUCCUCAUGUGAGUAUUUCCAUGGUUGUUAGUGACCCUGAUGACUGCAAACAUUUAUGCAAUAUUCCUAAUACCCUAUUGAUAGUAUGCACUUUAAUCAUUCCAAAGAAGUCAAGGAUGCUGUAUAGUAAUGAUUUUUUCUUAAUGAAUACAUCUUAACCAUUUAGAAUGUUUAUGUCCCUUUUUAUUUUGGACAGUAAGUUCAUAUAAGUGUUAUGUGAAUAUUUUCUAAAAUGACUACAGUCGGACUUAGACUUUGAGAUGUAAUAAGGGGAAAUGAUUACACUUCAGGAAAUCAUUUUAGAAACAUUAAAAUGAUCAGCUUGCUAAUUUAUAUGUUUGAGAGUUAAUUAAACCCAGCCCUCUUCCUAUAUAUUUUAUGUCAUGUACAUAAGAACAUUACAGUAUAUAGUUUUCUACAUAUAUGAUAUGUAUAAUCCAGUGGUUCUCAAAAUAUGUCCUUAGCCUACCAGCUAACAUCAGUAUCGCCUGAGAACUAGUUAGAAAUGCAAAUUCUUAAGGCCUAUCCCAGGUACACUGAAUUAGAAACUCUGGAGUGGGGCUCAGCAGUCUGUGUUUUAACACCCUCCAGGUGAUCUGGUGCAUGGGUCACGUUUGAAAAUUACUGGUAUAAACUAUUUACAGUAAGAUCUAAAAAGCUGUUUUUUCCCCUGCUCAUAUAGUUAUACUUUGUUCUCUAAGUAAAUUCAGCUUGAUCUGGUUAUUCAUAAUCCUUUAUUGGCAAUGAUAACUUAUUCUCCAUACUGCUUAUAGUAUAUUUUAUGUAUAUAUACAAUUAGUCUAGUUAUUGAUAAUUCAGUUAACUUAGUUGGGCAUAUUCCUCCCACUUACUAAAAAGUUUACAUUACAUUAAGUGACUGAUUUAAAGAUAUAGGUGCAAUGUUUUAUAUUUCUUUUAAUUGUUAUGACAUUUAAGUAGCUAAUAUAAUUGACAGGUGCUAAAUUAUUCUGUUUAUGCAUAAAAUGGGUACAUUGUGGGCAGUGAUAAUACAAGCUUUUUUUUCAUUGCCUCUUAUUUUACCAGCAGACAACAAUUUUGGUGUGGCUAGGCCAACUCUCAGAACAAAUUUGUCAUUCCUAUAUUUAUAUUUAUAUCUGAGAUAUUAAACAAGAUGGCUGGCCAGAUCAACAAAGCACCUUAUUUAAUUACUUUUUUUUGAACACAUGAAACUUCUUUAAAAGUAGCUUGCUUAGUAUGAGAACUGCUGCAGUAGAGUUAUAGCUGUAUACUUCAGACAACGAUUUACUAAAAUCUUAAACAAGACAGUAAUGCAUUAUAUAAUUUGGGCAUUUCUCCCUUGUCAGUGUAUGCACCAUGGUAAAUAUAAACUAACCACCAUAAGUCAAGUGAUUUAUUCAUUCAUUUUCAUCUUCCUGUGUAAUUAAUACCUCCUGUAAUUGUUCUACUCUUCCUCCCGGUGUUUACAAAUCAAUUAACUCAUGAAAGAAAAAUGCACAUUUCAAAAUAAAACUAAUUAUAUACUCUAUAAAAAUCACUACUGCUUAAUACUAGCAGUGGAAAUGUAAGUGGCUUACUCUACAAACUAUGGUGCUGGCAAAUACAUAGGCAAACUGUUGGGAGAUGCUCUAGCUACAUUCCUUCUUUCUUGUUCCCUGUCCUCUCUCUCUCCCCCACUUGAUUGCAUAAUAGUAUUCUGUACCCAAAACACUCUACCAUAAUUCUGUUUGACUUUAAAUUGUAAUAUCUCUUUUAAAAGCCCAUAUUUAAGCCUCAUAUCACCCCUGCCUUUUUUUCCCUCAGAAGUAAUUUGCCUGAAUUGAAUAGCUCAUGGGGAUCACUUGUUAUUUUAGCUAAUGAACCUCAGGACAGCACACACACAUACACACACACACACCCCAUCUCAGAUGUUUGAGAAUGGGAUUGGAAUCAGACUAAUGUGUCCAGUAAAGGCUGUCCACUGAAGUGUUAUGACUUUAGGGACUACAGACUGAUUCCAAUGACAUUCAGCUAAUUCUUUUCAUCUAAUGAAUGUAUCUUCACACCUUGUUCUCUUAUUUCUAAUUGAUAAGCUCCAAGUAGUUGCUAAUUUUUUUGACAACUUUUACUUCGUCUUUUAAAUAAAUAUAUUACAAGUAUUUCAUUAACCUAUUCUCAAGUGGUUUAGCUACCAUUCUGCCAUUUAAAUUUUAUUUGCUUGAGCACACUGAUCAACCACUGAACUGCCUUCUUCCAUUGUCCUACAAUGACUAUUUUUGUGUAUGUGGCUUUCAUAGUUGGGGUUGCAGAGCACUGACACCAGAUAUUUUCAGUUUGUUCUCUGGGGGAAUUUUAUUUGCAUCUAUGUUUUUAGCUAUCUGUGAUAACUUGUUAAAUAUUAAAAAGAUAUUUUGCUUCUAUUGAACAUUUGUAUACUCGCAACUAUAUUUCUGUAAACAGCUGCAGUCAAAAUAAAAAAAUUGAAAGUUUUCAUUU